AGGUGAGUUCGUUCCCAAAGCGAACAAGGAUGCCUUAUAUAUGGUACCAGGUAAGGAUCAUGAUGGACGCGUGAAAGGGAAAGGAGGGGUACGACUAGGCUUGAAAAAAGCUUACGGUGAAGAGUACUCGGCAACAAGAUCAAGCUCAAUUUCUAAUGCAUCACAAGAUAUGGAGCGCAAAAUGAAAUCUGCAAUAGAGGAGCUUGAGAAGAGGAUGAAAAAUCAAUUCAAUGCCAUCUCGGAGCACAUGGGAUUACCUAGCUUUGACGAGCGCAACAUCACUCCAGGAGACAAAUUAAGCCAACAAGAUCCUGAGACACCUAGAGAGACACCUAGAGAAGUACCUGGUUCGACACCUAAUCCUCCACUACUUGAUCCCCCGGUACCUAAUUUAGAGGAGGAGACACAUUGUGAUCUUUUACUUCCCAAAUCAAAAGAUGGUGAGUUGGUUGUGGUAGCUUAUGGUCGGGCACAACCAUCGAGAGUGGGCCAAACAUCGCAUUUGUUGCUGGUAGCAGAUUUUUAUUUUAAUGUGUCCGUAGACACCAUUAUAUAUGGAUUUGAAGAUUUCCCUUUACCGGUCCCUAGGGCGGAUUGGAGCCUCUUUGUUCUCAAUGACGCAGAGGGUAGUUUUGUGAUAUGGCCACGUGCUUGGGUGCGAUUUACAGAUGAGGUAAAAUAUAUGUGACUAAGCAUGAUGAUAGUGAUUUAAAAGUUUUGCCCAACUCAAAAAUAUAUGCACAUUAUGGAGUUGAUUUGUAGUUUUUUCCUUUAUCUGUUCAAUUUGUUGUUUAUAAUCAUCAUACGCUUUAUAGCUAUUUUAUUUCCUCUCCUUUUCUCUUUACAAUAAAACUGGCAUGAAGACAU